GCCGCUUCGCUCGGCCCCUCCGGUCCCUCCCUCCUUCCCUCUCCGGCUUCUCCGCCCUGCCCUCGCCUCGCCCUGCCCGGGAAAUUCCGUUAGCGCCACCUCCUUCUUCCCCGCCUUUCUUUUCUUCUUUUUUGUUGCCCCAUGUUCGGUCCGGACAAACUCUUGGGGCAGCUGUCCAAGCUGGACAGAUACGGGAACAUGGCGUCCGUGGGGGAUUUUAACCCGCUCAGCGCUAGCGUCCCGGCUACCCGAGUGGAGGUGUCAGUGUCCUGCAGGAACCUUUUGGAUCGAGACACAUUUUCAAAAUCUGAUCCAAUCUGUGUUUUGUAUACCCAAGGUAUGGGAAAUAAGGAAUGGAGAGAGUUUGGGAGAACUGAAGUAAUUGACAAUACUUUGAACCCAGAUUUUGUGAGAAAAUUUAUAUUGGAUUACUUUUUUGAAGAGAGACAGAACCUGCGAUUUGACUUGUAUGAUGUGGAUUCAAAGAGUCCAAAUUUAUCGAAACAUGACUUCUUGGGACAAGUUUUCUGUACGCUUGGAGAGAUUGUUGGAUCACAAGGAAGCAGAUUAGAAAAGUCAAUCAUAUUGAAGCUUCCCUGGUGGAACCUGCUUUCCAAAGCAAAAAUGGCCAUUGGCGGCGCAAGCAGUCUGCAGAAAGGAAUUCCUGGGAAGAAAUGCGGCACAAUAAUAAUGACAGCCGAGGAGCUCAACUGUUGUCGGGAUGCUGUACUGAUGCAGUUUUGUGCUAACAAAUUGGACAAGAAAGAUUUCUUUGGGAAAUCUGAUCCCUUUCUGGUAUUUUUUCGCAGCAAUGAAGAUGGCAGCUUUACAAUCUGCCACAAAACAGAAGUGAUAAAGAAUACAUUAAAUCCAGUGUGGCAGGCAUUCAAGAUAUCUGUCAGAGCACUUUGCAAUGGAGAUUUUGACAGAACAAUUAAGAUUGAAGUAUAUGACUGGGAUAGAGAUGGAAGUCAUGACUUUAUUGGAGAAUUCACAACAAGUUAUAGGGAGCUAUCUAGAGGACAGUCGCAGUUUAAUGUGUAUGAGGUUAUAAACCCAAAGAAAAGGGCAAAAAAGAAAAAAUAUGUUAAUUCAGGAACAGUAACAUUACUUUCCUUCCUAGUGGAAACCGAAGUUUCAUUUCUUGAUUAUAUUAAAGGCGGGACUCAAAUAAAUUUCACUGUGGCUAUUGAUUUCACAGCUUCGAAUGGUAACCCUGCACACCCAACCUCGCUCCAUUAUAUGAACCCAUACCAGCUGAAUGCUUAUGGCAUGGCGCUGAGGGCAGUAGGGGAAAUAAUUCAAGACUACGAUAGUGACAAAAUGUUUCCAGCUUUAGGUUUUGGUGCAAAAUUGCCGCCAGACGGAAGAGUGUCUCACGAGUUUGCCUUGAAUGGAAACCCUCAAAAUCCUUACUGCAGUGGAAUAGAUGGUGUAAUGGAAGCAUACUACAUGAGUCUAAAAUCUGUACAACUUUAUGGACCAACAAACUUUGCUCCUGUUAUUAAUCAUGUAGCAAGAUAUGCUGCCUCAAUAAAAGAUGGCUCCCAGUAUUUUGUUCUUCUCAUUAUUACAGAUGGGGUCAUUUCUGACAUGGCUCAAACAAAGGAGUCUAUUGUGAAUGCUUCAAAGCUUCCAAUGUCAAUAAUAAUAGUAGGAGUUGGCCCAGCUGAAUUUGAUGCUAUGGAAGAAUUGGAUGGUGAUGAAGUAAGGCUCUCCUCAAGAGGAAUGUAUGCAGAAAGAGAUAUUGUACAGUUUGUACCAUUUCGGGAUUACAUUGACAGAAGCGGAAACCACAUUUUAAGUAUGGCCAGACUUGCUAGAGAUGUGUUGGCUGAGAUCCCAGACCAGUUUCUCUCCUAUAUGAGGGUGAGAGGAAUCAAGCCAUCUCCUGCACCUCCUCCAUACACCCCACCUAUUCAUGUAUUGCAGACUCAGAUAUGAGCACUCCGAAUGCUUAAUGCUUUUCACAAACCAUAGAGCACUGUAAAGUGCAGUACAGUGGUGCACUUUAAAGAGCCAGUGAGCUGAAGCGAAGUGUUCUUCUUUGUAUGCAGUAAAGGCUUCUGGUGGCAUUUGGAGCAAAAUAACGUUAACUUCAUAUACCAAAAUGUCCAACUUGGUUGCAUGCGCAACUGAACAGCUUUUAUGUAAGAGGAAGAAAAUGGUGAUGUUUGUUUCUGAGUUUUAUUUUGUUUCUGACAGAAUAAGCUACUAUUGUCGUGUGUAUUUUGGAGAAAGCACAAGUCACGGGUUCAACUUAAAAGUCCUUGUCUUUCCUGACUUAAUAUGUACAUAAGAUGUGAAUGCAAUUCCUCUGUAUCAAUGUUUACAUGUUACUACUUUUCAAACUUAACUACUUUUUAUAAUUAUUCUUAACCUUAAGAAUUUGGGAUAUUGAAUUGUCUUCUAUCUUGCAAUAGUAAAAUCCACAAGAGAAGCAAUAUCUCUUUGAAUGAUUUGUCCAGACAAAAACUAUGGUAAUGCAAAACUGUGAGUAGAAAGUGGGAGGCCAAACAUAUUUGUAGGUCUCAAUAAUGGAAAACACCUCACUCAGGUGCUCAGUAAUGAAUCAUCAGACGGAUUUGAGAAUAAGCUUCCAAGAUGUGAAUACUGUAAGAUUUUUUUUUGCAAGGUAUUCCAGUUUCUGAAAUAACUUGUGUUUACAUUUUUUUAAGAAUGAUUAUGCUGGCAUAAUAAAUUUGAACAACCACACAGUGUUACUCUAGGAAAUGGCAGCAUCAACUUUUGAGUCCUGAAAUUUGACUCUUGCAAUGUAAUCUGUGGAGUAUCUUGCAUAACAGCUGUAGAGCUUUGACAACCUAUUGCUUUCUGCAGGUUAUUUUAUUAUGAGUGACUUGAUGCUCUUAUGCAAAUUGCCAGUUGCUAUGAGGUUUGUCUAGAUGGUCCAUUCAAAGGGAAGCUGGCACAUUUUGAGUUAUCUGUUGCCACAGUCAUACUGCCAUAUAGGGCACACAAGUGGUAAUGAAUUAAAUGUGUUAAAAUUGCACAGCUAUGUUGCUUUGUGCACAACUUUGUAUAUAGAACUACUCAAGUAUUUUAUUAUAUAUGCCUGUUCUUAUCCUAAUUAUCAAAUGUUUUUGCAUGUACAGUUUUUACACACAAAAUAACACAUUUUUGUGAGUAUUUAUGUCAAAACUUUUAAUUAGAACAAAUGGCCUUAAAUCUCACAAAUACCUUGGAAAUGAUUGUGAAUUGCCUUCAGAUACUGGAAGACAUGUUUUACUUUUUUGUCAAAAUUGUAAUUGCCUUGUAAUGUGUAGCUCUCUUAUUUGACACAUAACCUGUUUACUACUUUAUUUACUACUAUAUAUGUUAUACAGACAUGUAUUAAAUUAAGGUGCAUUUUUUAAGCAUGAAAAGUUUUUUCUGGGAAAGUAUAUAUACAUGGCGUCAAUAGUAUAUAAUCCUAUGUAAUACAGAAUCUUCCAUUUUUAAAUAUAUUAAAGAUCCUUAAAAUAUUCUCAUACUGGAAUAUGACUAAUCAGUUUGCCCAAAAUAGCUAAAUGCUCAUCAUCUUGGAAACUAUUACUGCAAAAAUAAGAGAGCAGUUUAGGUAGAACUUGUAAAAGUUUCUAAAAUCUUUGAGAGGUUCACAACUUUUUAGAAUAAGACUAUCAGUGAGAAAGAAAUGUUAAAAGAAAGUGGGAUUGCAUUGAUUACCAAGCAUUGAACAGAACUUUAGUUUCUUGAAUAAGAUACAGAGCUAGGCUAAUACAGCAAGUCAUUUUAAUUUUUGCAAAUUGCUGUUACAAGGGUUUCGGCUUAAGAAUGGACCUCCUGAACGAAUUAAGUUUGUAACUGGAGGUACCACUGUACAACUUUUUAGCAGCCCUACUUUUUGGAAUUAGAAAGUUGAGAAUUCAUCAUGCCCUACUAAGCCAUAUAUGUCUUCACCAGAUAUAAAAUACCUCAGCAAAGCAUCUUGUCUUGCUUAUUCUCCAGAAGGUUCCCAAAGGGGCUCCCCUCAGAUUACAUGUCAUGUAAUUUUAAGUACUCCACUUUCUCAUUUGUGUUUCCAUCAGAAACAAAGAGGCAAUUUUCUAAUGUGUCAGCUGAAAUCUUUUCUCUGGUGUGCUAUAAUCUGAUGUAUGCUAUAGGAUGCAGAAAGCCUGUCACAAACUUCUCAUAUGAUUUAAUAAUUGAUUAUUUCACUUAGUUCCUAUGAAAACUAAAGUCUUGUUAUUUUAAGCUCUAUGUUGCAAAUUCCAUGUCAAAUAAGAUGUCUUCCUCAUCAGCCUGGGAAAGAAUGCUCUUUUACUAUCCAUUUAUAACCAGGCUUAGAAAUGGGCCCGGGCGCAUCAUUUGCAACACUUUGUUCAUGCAAGCCGCUUUCAGCUAAAGAGAGAUUAAAUGUGUCACACCCUGAGAAGCCAAGCUUUGUUAUAGAUUACCAUGAUCACUCUCAAGGAUCAUGAUACUACGGUUGCUCAAGCUCAGGCUUGCAUGGAAAGAAUUUAAAACAACACAUUUGACCCAGCCUAGAGUCGGGAAUCAGCGCAGUGUGGAGCUGUGCAUUUUCAUUGUUACCUAACUGAAUGGAGGUCCGAUGGUGUCUGAAGGGGUUACAGGUGACCAUAAGUCCAAACCGCAUCAGGUAAAAAUACCUGUUCAUGACAACAGAAUCAUCACUGGUUCACCCAACCAUGUCACUGCAGAAGACUCAAUUUAAAGUGUGUGUUGUGACAGAUACAAUGUGAGAUCCGUUAGGCGAAGUCCUUGGGCUACCGUAUUUCCAUCCAGGGUUGGCCCAAGACAUUUUGACAGUUGAGGAGAACCACGAAAUGGUGCCCCUCACCAAGGAAGAAGGAAGGGGUGUGAAAUAUACACCAGGAACAAGGGGGAAGGGAUCGAAUCAACCUUACCUGACAGUGGAACUGGGAAUCAAAGGCCAUUGUGACGGGGAAAGCACUCUAGACAGAUGCCAGGAGACCCCAGAAAGCAGCCCCCACCGCUCCCUCACUAGCGCUGGGAGGAGACCAUCAGGGCCUCCUAUCACCAAGAAGCCACUGUGGAGAAGGCAUCGGGGUGGAGUCCUCAGCAGAUCUGGUCUCCAAGGAGCUGUACAGGGCAGUGGAAGUGAGCAAUGCAUUCCUUGGAGGCCAGAUCUGCUCUUGUGGAUGCUACCACUUGAGGAAGUCACCCUCAUGGGCAGAAAGGCCCUGCUUCUAUCCCAUUGCCUAACAAUCCCAAUUCUGCCUUGAGUUCCUAACAUAUCAGGUAGGAUGUCCCUAUUUUCACCGGAGAAAUGUUUGAGGGGAUGUCUCUUUUCAUCAGAGAAAUGUUGAAGUGUGUGGAACAGGAUGUCCCUAUUUUCAUUGGAGAUAUAUUGCAAGAAGAUCAAACCUAUCCAUUCUGAAGGAAAUGAGCCCUGAGUGCUCACUGGAAGGACAGUUCCUGAAGCUGAGGCUCCAAUACUUUGGCCACCUCAUGAGAAGAGAAGACUCCCUGGAAAAGACCCUGAUGUUGGGAAAAAUUGAGGGCACUAGGAGAAGGGGGACGGCAGAGGAUGAGAUGGUUGGACCCGAGUUUGACCAAACUGUGGGAGGCAGUGGAAGACAUGAGUGCCUGGCGUGCUCUGGUCCAUGGGGUCACGAAGAGUCGGACACGACUAAACGACUAAACAACAACAUAUUGGAGGGUAUGAGCUACAGAAAACUAGUCAACUACUACACAGGAGGCCUGACCAAGGAAAUUGAAUUGUUCCAGAUCAUGGUCACUACAUUCCCCUUGGCCCUCAAGCCAUGCCCUGGGGUUGCCAAGCCAUAUUGUUACUGACCUUGUGGCUUUGGGUGUCAAGGCAGCUGAGGCAUCGACUGUAUUUCCUUCUGCUUCAGCUUUUGGCAUCUCAAGGUUUGCCUGCCCCUAAAUAUUUCUUGUGGCAACAUUUUUCCUAUGAAAAUAGUGAUGUCCUAAACAAGCUACCGUAUUCCAAUUGCCAUUUCCUAGUCUCAGCCGUUACCCUUUAUGGAGUACUUAAAUGAUGAUGAUUGUAAUGAAAGCAUAAUGGUUCUACGCACCAGGAUCCUCAUUAUCUGUGUCUAUUAGGAAUAAUGCAGCAGCAGGAGAAGGAAAAAGCCCACAGUCUGGUUCACAUUAAUCCUGCUCUAAUAACAGGGCCGGUUUCAUUAGGAGUCCCGAAUGCUUGCGGAUAAAAUCCUGAUUCCUUUCCCCACUCCAUCCUGGCACAUCCUGAUGUCACAUUUCAGGCCUGCCACAAUCGACAGACCACAUAGGUCUCAAAUGAAUGAAUGCGCUCCGUCAGUAAGUUUUGCUCUAUUUUGCAGUGACAAUACUGCUCUCAACUGGCCCAGGAUCCUGAGAAGUAAAGCUGUCGAAAGAAAGCCUGGAAGAUUCUUUCUCCGGCAGGCAGUGAACAUUUCCUGUGUAUUUUCUGAAUUAUAUUGAUAUUAAAAGAGAGAAAGUCUCAGAGUUGGGGACCAGUUCUGGGCACAGUUGCACUUCCCCUGAGGUACAUAAUUUAGGAGUGCUCCUAACUCCAUCUCGUAUCACUAGGCUCAGGUGUCCUCGGUAGCGAAGAUUGCCUUUUAUCAACUUGGGUUGGUAUACCAAUUAUACCCUCCUCAUACCCUCCAACAUUCCUCAGAUGAAAAUGGGGACAUUUUUCACUUCCAGCCAACUGACCCUCCUCAACCGCCCACCCCAUUUUUUGGUCAUCGUUCCCUGCGUAGCAUUUCCUAUCAGAAAAAGAUGAGUGUGACCACGACCACACCAAUGGGAUGCAGAACACAUGCCCUCCACUGUCCUGGAAAAAAACACACCUUAAUCCCAAUGUUACUAUAUUUUAUUACAGUAUUUGAUAGAGUUACAGAAAGAAAUGGCAAGAAAAACUGAUGAGUUAUGCAGAACUGGCAAAGUAAACAUACAAACUACGAGAGAAGGGCAAUCGUGACUUUAAGAAAGAACAGGAAUUUUUUACAAACUAUUUUAAAAUACAAUAAAAGGAUCUGGACUCCUUGGCAGGUUUUGAAUAAACACCCACAAUUUAAUAGUAGAACACAUGAUAGAUAAAGCAAUGAUAUGUACAGUUUUAUAACAUGCAG